AUGAUCUAGAGUUUACAAGAUCCUGUGAAUAAACUAACAGAAAAAGCAGAAAAGGAGGACCAGCAGACGGAGAGCACCAAAUCAGUACAAGAUCAGCAGAGUCAGUUGAUUUCAUUAGAUGAGGAGAGCCAUACCAAGGAAUCAAACUAUUCAGCUGAUAAUGGCAAGGAUGUCAUAUCUACAUUACAAGGAAAUUGUAACCACAAGCAGAACUCAGGUGCCAUAGAUGACUUAUUAGACCUGCAACCUGAAGAAAAUGCUUCAAAGGAUCAGUUUGUGGGGUCCUUGGAGUCAGAGCUUGGUGAUAAGGAUGACAUGGUAUUACUGAAUGAGAUCCUCAACACUUCCUCCUUGGACGAAGGGGAAUUCAGCAAAGAGUGGACAGCUGUUUUUGGACAGGCUGCACUUUCUGAUCUCACCAUGAACUCUUCAGCUGGAAAUGUGGAGAACAGUUCAUCGUCUGUGGCACCAACACCGUCAGGCUACUGGCCCUCACAGCUGUUAGACCAAAACAUGAAUGACUUGCAGUCGUCUUUAGAUGGAUGGGCACCUAACAGUGUGAGCCCACCGUCUAUACCACAGCCAGCACAGAAACCGAACAGCCUGAAUGUGAAUGCUAACAAGACACCCAUGAAAGAACCCACAAAGAAUGCUAAAGACUUGACUGCCUGGUUCAGUCUCUUUGCUGACCUUGACCCGUUAUCCAAUCCUGAUGCUGUUGGGAAAACUGAUAAAGAACAUGAAUUGCUUAAUGCAUGA